AAGCUUCUUUUUAGGACCCAGAUUCAGCUUCUCCAGUGGGAGGUCCAAUUCCUCUUCUUUACCAUGAUUAUGAUCAUCUCCUUCACUGUCACUGUUCUCACCAUGACGAAAGAAUCGGUGAAAGCAGCGGAUCUCGAAGCUGAGUGGUUCCAUAAAUGUCAUGUUUCUCCAUUCGACGCAAUAUGUGGAAAAGGAUCAAUCUCAAGCGCGUAUGGUUCAUUGAUGGCAUCUUCUUUUCUGGGUAUUGGAAGUGCAGGGACUAAUGCAUUUGAAUGGCUGAAAAACAGUAAGAUUCUUAAUGCCUCACAAGCGAAUAUGAUAAAAAUCUCAGCGAUUGAUAUCACAGUUAUCCAAGUUACUGAGUUAGACACGUACACAUGAUUCAAGUGAAAACCGUGAGCUUUAUCUUACAUGAAAAUCAUGUGCAUUCAACUCAACAAAUGAGAUAACUGGGAUACCAGUUGCUCAGAUCCCUAUUAUUACAUAAUAGUAAGAUCUUUUUUUGUUGCAAUAUUCAUAGGAGGAGCAACAGAGAGGACAAUGUGCGUCGAGCGUAGAGUGCUAUAGGAAUGAAUAUGGCGUCUCCGAGGAAGAAGCAAUCAAAUAUAUCCGACAAGUGAUUUGGAAUGCACGGAAGAAUAUAAAUGAAGAACAGAUAGGAGGCUAAAUGCAGUUUCAAGGGAGCUUCUGAUGCUCGUUGUUAACCUUGCACGCUUGGCUUAUUUCUUUAAUAAUGUUAACCAUAUAAGAGUAGUGGAUGCAAACCAUCAAUACCCAAUGUUGCUGCUAUCAGACAGCGUCAAUAAAAUUGUUCUCAGCAGUCUUGGAUUUGUAAUGAAUUGAGGGAAUAAAGUACUCAAAAUAAAUUGAAGUUAUAUUUUGUGCAGAUGGUAUAAGGGAUUUGACUUUGUUCCAAAUUUUCCACAUAAUAUUUUUGUUUCGUAACCCGUUAGAAUUUUGACUCAAUUUACCUUAUCAAAUGAAAUUUUUCUGUCCACCCUUAGUCUCUCAUAUCAAAUGUUGGAAGCACAAGUCAUCUUGGGACACAAAUUUACGAGAACCUGUUAACAAAGUCGUGAGUUUCUACAUUUUUCUACACUGGCAUUUGCUAUGUCAAAAAAAAAAAAA